AUCAACUUCAAGAUUUUCAGUUAGUGACAACAACAAAGUGGUUUGGCAUUUGUUUCUGUAUUUUUAGUGAAAGUGAUUUUUUUUUUCACACUUCGAAUUCUUUCGUUUUCGUCUAAAUUUCUUUCAUCUUGAGAUAUAACAACUUUGCACACACCUACUUGUACACAAUCAGUGCACAAUGGACGGUGAACCAUCAGCGAAGAGAACCAAAGUUGAUGAUGACGAAGUUCAUCAGGCGCUUCAGUCCAUCGAAGAAAACCAGAAAGUACUAGAGGAACUGAACAAGGAGGCUGCCGAAGAAAUGAUAAAGAUCGAGCAGAUUUACUCGAAGAAACGGCAGCCGGUGUUCAAUCAACGGAGCGAGUGUAUCGCCAAAGUUCCAAAGUUUUGGCUAAAAGUGUUCAACAAUCAUCACAUUAUGCGAAGACUUAUGCCUCCUGAUGAAAAGGAAUGCCUCAGUUACUUGACAAAUGUAGAUGUGGAAGAGUUUGAAGAUAUCAGAACAGGAUAUCGGUUCAAAUUUACUUUUGAUGAAAAUCCGUACUUUACAAACCGGGUCCUUAUUAAAGGCUUCUACAAUGACAAAACAAGAGGCCCAACAUCCACUGCCACUCACAUCAAUUGGUUGGAUGGGAAAAGUCUGCUCAAUAAUUUUUCCAACAACCGGAAGCAAAACUAUAAAAUGACUUUCUUCAAAUGGUUUUCCGAUGAAAGUAACACAUCAGCCAAUCAUAUUUCAGAGGCUUUAAAAGAAGACAUCUGGCCAAACCCUAUACUGUAUUAUACAAAAAGAGACAUCAGCAGUGCGAAUGGAAUCCUCACUGACAGCGAUGUCGGAAGUGUGAUUGAGAUUGAUGACAGCAACUCAAGUGACGAUAGUGAUGAUGACAAUGACAUUCAGUUUAAUUACAACGACAGUGAAGGUGAAGGUGAUUCAUUCCAUCCUGAUUUAUCGAGUGAUGAAGAGGACGGAAUUUAUGACGGAGAACUGAAUGAUUCUUCGAGCGGCGUUGAAGAGAGAGUUGGUAGUGGUCAACCAGAAAGUGUCGAAGACUUAGACUCAAGUUUUAACUCUGACGAACCCUCUGCUGUCAAUGCCAGCGAAUCCUCUGAAAACCCGGGUAGUCAACCGAGUGACAACGUUAAAAACUCUGAAGGCACAUAAAAAGGUACUCCCCUCAUCAUGUAAAUAAGUUACAUGAGGAAAUAUCCAGAAGAUAGAUAAAAAUUAUGCUUGAGAACCUGUUCAUUAAACUAAGGCAAUCUACUUCUAUGCUUUUUUAGGCGCUGUGGUACUUAAAUGGCAUCCAUAGAUGUCAGCUUUUUUACUGUCGUGAUAAAGUGACUCUUAAUGAUAUAACUUUUUCCUUUCUUUUUGAUAUUGGUAUUUGUUUUUUCUUUCCUCUUUCACUGUUCUCCUGUAAAUCAGGUACCUUCCCACCUCACAGUUUCUCCUCUGACUGAAGUACAUGGCCACGUUUUAUGAUGAGCCCUUUUAUAUCUAAAUCUCCAUGUUGUGGAGGAUUCAAGUGAAAAUGUAGAUUCGCUCUCUUUCCAGCAGAAGAAUGUCAUGUAUAAACCUUGAAAUGAAAGGUCCGUAUCUUCUGAAGCCUAAAAAAUCAUUUUAUAAUUCAAAUUAAGUCAUUUUCAACUCAUCGGAUUAAAUUGAUUUUAGUCUUCAAACAAGUUUAUAAGUUGCGCUUGUUUUUAAUCUAUUGUGUAAGAACUGUCUUCUCUUUAAUCAAAUUGAUUUUGCUUAGUUUGUACCUAGAAACAUACUUAAAUUACAAAACAUACCGUAUAAAAAUACGUCCAUACAUAUUUUUAUCAUCUAGAGAGACUCUGACCAAGAGAUAUCGCUCACCUUGCUAACUUUUUUAUACACUUGAAUGUGAUCUAAAAUUGUAUCCCAUCAAAAUUUCCUUUUUUCUAAUUACUGAGAUUCUUUUGGCUUCAUGAAGAUAAGGCCCUCUUUCCUCCCUCAAAAUAUUGAGACUAAAAUAUUUAAAACAUUUUUUUACUUCAACAAGAAUUUUAUUCUUACAAUUAAGUUCAUAUUCAUUUACUAUUAAAAGAUACACAAUCUCUCUGAAGACCUGUCGAUCGUUUCGAAUUUUUUAAGAUAUCUGCUUGAAAACAUACUCUAAUGGGCAAGCUACUUUAUAAAGACAGGGUGAGAGGAGGCAACCACUCUUUUUAUCAUUGGCUCCUCAAAAAUUGCAAAAUUUUAAACAUUUCAUAGAAAUCUCUAAAUCCACAGUGAAUCA